CCUUUCCUUGAAAGGAGACAGACAAUCCCCUCUCCACAACUGGAAACAGAAAGUGGUACACCUUCUCUGCCCAGAAAGUGCCAGCUAUUGCAACCAACUUCAGAAAUUCAGCCACACAGAAGUCAUGUCCCUGGUUCCGUGGUUCCGGUGGAGUGAGACCCCUCACAAGCUGACUCCCAGAAGUCCAGCAGAGCUGGUGCUAGAGACUCUGAUGAUGGAACUAGCUUGGCAGAUAAAGGAAACGGAGAAGCAGCAUCGAGAAAGGGAGAAUGAAUAUCGGAAGAUCCGCACCGGUGUUGACUAUAGCUGGCUGGCAAGUCCACCCAGGAAUGCCUAUGACCUCAGCCCCGGGGAGAGGCUUCAGCUGGAGGACGCCUGCGCCAAAAUCCACCCUUCUUACUGCGGACCCAUGAUCCUCAGGUUUCGGCAGCUCAUUGCUGAGUAUGAGCCAGAAGUCCAUGAGGUAUCCCAGCUCUUCCGCUCAGUCCUGCAGGAGGUGCUGGAGAAGAUGAAGGAAGAGGAAGCCGUCAGGAAGCUGACCAAGCAAUGGAACACUCGGUCCCGGGGCACCCUCUCCCUGACCACCUUUAGGACCCGUUCCCGCAUCUUCCCUUUCACCAGUGACAUCAGGACCAUCUCAGAGGACGUGGAGCGGGAUGUCCAUCCCACCCCUAGGGUCUGGAGUAUGCCUGAAUUCCAGAUGCACAAAGACCAGUAACUGAGAAAAAGGAGCUGGAUUCCUAGGAAUGACUUUGUUAGCCAGGUUUCAACCACAAGUGCCAGCUUUUUUUCUCACAAUUCCUCUUUUUUACAUGCUCCCUUGCCCCUUUUCUGAGGCUCUGAACCACCCACAGGAAUAAGGAACAAAUGAAUACACAAAUGGGAAGGGUCAUUAUUCAAUAGGGGCCUUAUUUACCCAGUUCCUAAGCCUGUCACUCUGUCAGCAGUCAGAAUCUAGGAAGUAGACAAGGCUGAAAGAGCCCACAAUG